AUGGAAAUUAUGGAUUACAUGGCUCAUGGAAGGAAUAAUCGUGUUUCCGAGCUCAAGGAAGCUAUCAAAGCAAGAAGACAACCACGUUUUGAUCAGUUUUCUUUUGAUGAACUUAAGCUGUUAAAGCUUAAGAAACCCGUUAAUGACGGGCAUAUUUUCGAUAUUCGAAAUUUCACACUUCAAGUUGACGAGGAAGAGGAUGACAAUGUAACUUUAAUGAAAGAUAUGCAAAAAAUUGUUACUUACUGGCCUGAAAAUCAAACGCCUCCCAAAGAUCUCAUACACGUUAUUAUAGAAACGCCUGAUCUCGCCACUGAUAAAAGAAAACAUGAGGAUCAUAUUAUAACAACAGAAGGGCCAUUACACCCACAUCAAGGUUCGCUGAUGCUUCCUAUACACGAAAGAGAUAUCUUUCAAAGCUUAGGGAAACACUCAGGUGUGAAAGAAGACUAG